GAAAGCUGGUCGGGUCGUUUAACGCAACGUUAUUAUUAUUGCACACGACGUACACACGUAGUUAUUAGGGUUGAAAAUAUUAUCGGAAUGAAAUUUUAUCAAAAUUUCUGAUUCGCGUUGAAAAGAGAAGAAGAAGAAAAAAAAAAAGAAAAAAAAAAAAAAACCCGAAAACAAUUUAUCGCUUCCUUAAUUAUUAUACGACGCGACAGCAGUGAACGAAAAUAAUGUUUUCGCAGAUUAAACUUUUUUGCGCGGGAGUUCCGCAGAGAUGGGUUUUUGCGGUGAUGGGAUUUUUGGCGGUGACGAACGCAUAUACGAUGCGAAUUUGCCUGUCACUCGCCAUAACCGAAAUGGUUAGAUCGUCCGGAAGUUCGUCGAAUGAUACCAGCCUCGACGAUACGUGCCCAGAUGUCGAUUCUAACACAACAAGUAGCAGCAACAGUAGCAGUGGUACUUUCGAAUGGAGCGAAUACACGCAAGGUAUAAUCCUGUCCUCGUUCUUCUGGGGUUACAUAAUAACCCAGCUUCCCGGAGGAGUGCUGGCGGACAAAUUCGGGGGCAAGUACACCCUGGGCCUGGGUAUAUUUUCGACAGCGGUGUUCACCCUCCUAACGCCGGUGGUGGUCGAGUCCUUCGACGCGACGGGCCUGAUCGUCCUGCGGUUCCUAAUGGGCCUCGGGGAGGGCACGACUUUCCCGGCCGUGAACGUGCUGAUAGCCCAAUGGGCCCCACCGCACGAGCGUUCGAAAAUUGGGACAGUCGUAAUGACGGGAGCGCAGGUAGGAACCGUCCUUGGAACGGCGCUGUCCGGUGUUCUGAUCCAGUAUUCGUCUCUGGGCUGGCCGACGGUCUUUUACGUCUUCGGGGCCUUCGGCGUGCUCUGGUUCUUCGUUUGGCUGCUGCUCUGCUACAGCACGCCCGCGACGCAUCCCUUCAUUACCGACCGGGAGAAGCGUUACCUCCACGAGACGAUGAACGAGCACACGCACAAGCGCGGCGGGCCAACGCUGUGGGGCCGCAUCCUGCGAUCGGGUCCGCUGUGGGCCCUGGUAGCCGGUAAGGUAGGGCACGACUGGGGCUUCUACACGAUGGUUACCGACCUCCCACUCUACAUGAGCAACGUCCUGAAGUUCUCGAUACAGGCUAACGGAUUCCUCUCGGCGUUGCCGUACGUCGUCAUGUGGGUUGCCAGCAUCGCCUCGUCAUGGCUUGCCGACUGGCUUAUAAAGCGAGAAAAAAUCGGCAUCACGAACGUCCGGAAGAUUUGCACGACGAUCGCCUCCGUCGGGCCAGCCAUUUUCAUAAUCGCCGCUUCCUACGCCGGCUGUGACCGCACCGUCGUCGUGGUCCUCUUCACCCUCGGUAUGGGCCUGAUGGGCCCGUUCUACCCUGGCAUGAUGGUGAACGCGAUAGACCUGAGCCCCAACUACUCGGGGACGCUGAUGGCCAUCGUCAACGGCAUAGGCGCCAUUGCUGGCAUUCUCGCGCCCUACGCCGUCGGCGUUUUGACGCCAAAUCAGACAAUCGGCGAAUGGAGAGUCGUAUUUUGGAUAACUUUUGUCGUCUUUUUUGUCUCAAAUCUCGUUUUCGACAUUUGGGCCGACGGCGAGGUUCAACCUUGGAACGAUACCACGGAGGAAAACGAACGACAGGCGAGGAAGGAGAUUGAGAGUAAAAAUGAACAGGGAGUCGCCAAUUAUGCCCAGCCGAGAAGCGGAGGCAACGUCGUUACGUGAACCGAAUUU